AUGCUGGGAAAAAGAAUAGCUUCCUUCAAGAACUUAGCCAAGAAAGUGAAGAGCAUCAACACGACGACUAGAAGCGGAGAAGGCGGCUCAGAGUCAAAUCACAACGAGUCUCUUCUGUGCGAUGUGGACGGCACGUGUCCGGUGACGGCGACAAAGACGCCGACGGGGACGUUCGCGGUGUACGUAGGGGAAGAACGCGUGAGGCGCGUGGUGCCGACAAGCUAUUUGAAUCAUCCCUUGUUCAGGAUGCUACUCGACAAGUCACACGACGAGUUCAACUGUUUCGACCAGAAGGUUAUGUUGGUCGUUCCUUGCAGCCUCUCCGUUUUCCAAGACGUCGUUAAUGCCAUUGAGUCUUGUAAUGGCAAUUUCGCUUUCGGCGAUUUUGUCGAGGAGUUUCUCUGA